AUGGACACGGCUGAUCCGGCCCCCGAGCCGGCGCUGGCCGUCAUCGAGGGCGGCGGUUCCGGGCCCGCUGGCGCCGCCUCGUCGUCGCAGCCGGACGACUCACUUGCAUACGUCUCGUUUGCCGUCAAGUACUCGGGCUCGAUGCUGUCGGUGCGGCUGGGCGAGGACGACUGCGUGGCGGACCUCAAGGCCAUCCUCUACUCGCUCACGGAUGUGCCGCCCGCCAGCCAGAAGCUGCUCGGCAUCACCCGAGGCAAGCCGCCGUCGGACGACACCCUCGUCGGAUCGAUCCCGUUCGCGCCGUCGGCCCUCAAGCCGAGGCCGCAGAAUGCGCCAGGCCAGCCGCAGGAGCCUGCCGGGCCUGCUGCGACGGACAAGGUGCAGGUGUCGUUUAUGCUGCUCGGCACCCCGGAAGCGGACCGCUUCCAGGAUCCCUCGGGCACGAUCAAGUUUGCAGAGGACCUCGAGGAUCGCCUGGCUGGCGACAUCGACUAUGCCCAGCAGCAGGAGGCCGUCAAGACGGCUGUACCGCCGGACCAGGAUCCGAAGAACCUGCGCAAGCUGGAGAAGGUCAUUGCCCGCUUCUCGAACUUUUCCGUCAUGAACGAGCCGCGCGCGGGCAAGCGGCUCCUGGUGCUCGACCUCGACUACACCAUCGCCGACACCAAGCGCCUCCUCGACCCGGCCAGCCCGGCCUCGGUGGCGGCCCGACCCGGCCUGCACGACUUUCUCGCCGCCGCCUACCGCGACUACGACAUCUGCGUGUGGUCCCAGACGUCGUGGCGUUGGCUCGAGGUCAAGCUCAUCGAGCUCGGCAUGAUCGGCCACGACCAGUUCAACAUCUCGUUUGUCCUCGACCGCACCCCCAUGUUUUCCAUCACGGCGCCCGGCGGCAAGAAGCACGAGGUCAAGCCGCUCGAGCUCAUCUGGAGGAGGUGGCCCGACCUCUACGGCCCGCACAACACCAUCCACGUCGACGACCUGUCGAGGAACGGCGCCAUCAACCCGAAGAACAUUUGCAAGAUCCGAGCAUACAAAGACGCGCCCAGAUUCGAUACAGAGCUGCAGGCGGUGCUCAAGCUGCUACGUCAGCUGGCCCACCCGUCCAUCACCGACUUCCGUGACGUCGACCUCAAGGCGUGGAAGCACUUCCAGGGCGCCGAAAAGCAGGACUGA